AGUUCCUUUCACUUCCUGUGCAAGUCGCUACGCUUACGAGGCUCGCCGUCGACAAGUCAACAUGAAACGAAGCAUACACAGGAAACUUGUGUAAAAGUUAUAGAAGAUAUGAGAAAUUAGAUAUUCCACCUGCACUCACACGAUGCUUAUUGGACUAGAAAUCCCUGAGGCCAGCAGCCGCUUACCUGCUGGCAUAGAGAAACACCACUAUUGCAAUCUUCUAGGAUCAUUGGUAUGGCAGCAUCCUGCGAAAUCCAAGAAAUCAAAUAACAGAAAGGAACAUGGAGUGACGUUUCCUGUCUGCCAGCAACAUGAUCGUCACUAUGCCUGCCAAGAGGACGUGGGCUGCAGCCACCACUACAUCUUUUACAACACAUUUCGUGUGCACUUUCGUCCCCCUAAGUGUUGCUCUCGUGUCAUGUGCUGGGAACCCAGAGACGGUCAAGCAGCAGACCACGAACACGAGGCAAGGAGGGAACAGACCAAAGAGACACUGUGUAGAUUUUUUAAGGAAAGUACAAGCACUGAUGAGCAGGCAAUCUAUCCUUCUGGCUUGAAAUGGCAGAUGCUUUUGUAUCUCAUAAAGAGAGAGGCAGCAAAGGAAAGGAAACAGAAAAUGAGAGAGACAGGUCAUCCACAUGAUGCUAUGGAAAAAGACUUUAUGAAUAUCUUUCACUUCAAGAAUCUAAAUGAGGUAUCUCAUGCUGUCCAGACCCAAGGCCUUUUUCAAGUAUAUUCACAGAGGUCCUCAGCAGUUCCUCACUCUCUUCAAAGACUUACAGAAAGCAUCACUGAAGGAUAUUACUGCAGUUGACAAAGCCAUCAAUUACUCCACCGUGAUCAAGGAACUUUCCAAAGACCAACGAAUCAGGGACAUUCUUCCACCACCAGGACUUAGGGAAUAUCCUUUAACCCAAUAUUCCCAUUCGCAACUUCAAUCCAUACCUACACCUAGAUGCCAUAAACAUGAAAUAGCCUGGAUUGGAAAGAUCAUCGCUUUAUUUAUGUCUCAACAAAUCCCACUACAAACACCACAAAGUCAUGACGAAUAUUUUCAAGACUGGAAGCUUCUUGCUUCUCACUGGGAAUCUCUCUACCGCAAGUACUUUUUCACAGGACUGCACCAUCAACGUAAAAGAAAACGAAAAGGUUCUCUCUGGCCGUAGUUUCCCUGGGCAUGCAGUAGCCACUGGUGUGACCAUUGUAUUUAUGAAUUUGGAAGUUCCAACAUACCAACUCGAUGUAAUAAGUCAUGUCACCCUGUUAUCUUCUCAUGGGAUUGUGGUAGUGAGCUAUAUUAAGUCACUAUCAUCUGUCUGCAUGCACAGGCCAUGAUGAAAUGUUAAAGACCACUGAUAUCUUCACUUCUCGACAUAAAAGAAGAAUAUACAUCAUAAUGCACAAAUGGAGGUCUCUAUUGCUUUAUUUUCUUUCUUUCACAUUUAGCAGACAAUUCAGAAUUAUGCAGUUGUGAUUUUUCUGACACGAUAAAGGAAAACUACUGUGCUUUUACACAAGUUUGUUUGUAAGAUUUUGCUUUUUUAAUCAGAAUAUUUUGUAAUGGAAAAUACAUUUAUAUAUUUUU